UGCCGCCGGCCAGUCACAGGUGGCGGAGCGAAACGCGGAUUACGCGGAAAUCACACGUAAGAUCGCGUUCCCGAUGGGCCGAUCGCUCAAAUCGCACGAUUACAUCUUCUGGUGCGGUGACUUCAACUAUCGCAUCGACAUGGACAAGGACGAGCUGCGCGAGAUGUUACGGGGCGGUGGUGCGUCGACGGAUUUGAGCACCAUUUUGCCGUUCGAUCAGUUGCGUAUCCAGCAGAACGCUGGCAGCGUGUUCAAUGAAUUUCUCGAGGGUGAGAUCACAUUCCCGCCGACGUACAAGUACGAUCUGUUCAGCGACGAUUACGAUACGAGCGAGAAGGCACGUGCACCGGCCUGGACGGAUCGGGUGCUGUGGCGACGGAGGAAGCAGAGUCCGGAUGCCGAUCGUCAUCCGGGCUGGAACCCGGGACGGCUCGUGCAUUACGGACGUGCCGAGCUGAAGCAAAGCGAUCAUCGACCGGUGAUCGCGCUGAUCGACAUUGAAGUGCAGCGGAUCGAUCCGGCUCGCCGCACUACCGUGUUUGGGGAUGUGAUUCGCGAUCUGGGACCACCGGAUGCGACGAUCCUGAUACAGGCCAACAAUGGAGGCGGAGGAGGUGGUGGCGGAGCGUAUGCGGACUCAGGAGAUGAUGAGGACGAGGGUAGCAUAUACGAUGAGAACCUAAUGGCCGCAUUGAUACAGGAAUUGACCCAGAUCGGUGAGGUGACGCUCGUACGCUUCGUAGGCGAUACAAUGUGGGUCACAUUCCGUGACGGACAGUCAGCCCUGACGGCGGCCCAGAAGCGGUCUGUGCAGGUGUGCGGUGUGCAGCUGUCAAUCAACCUGAAAACGGACAACUGGGUUGAGCAGGUAGAGAAGGAGAUUCUGCUCUGCACACCGAACACCGUUAGCUUCUGUGAUGCGUCCGGAUCUACCGGGGACUACAAUAGUCUCGGUAUCCCCGAGAUGCCCGCUCGUCCGAAGAGUCCACCGACGGCGCAACCGGGUCGUACUACUGGGCCACCCAGUCGGCCACCACUACCAAAGUCACCGCAAGCAUCACCAAAGCACCAGCCAGCGCACCAUCAACAUCCCCAUCCGCUUCCCCAUCAGCAGCAUCAUCAUCAUCAUCCGCGAGCGGGUGUCAUCAGUCUCGGGCCGGAAGUGCUGCUUGCUUCCAAGGUACCCCAGAAACCACCACAACGACCAACACCCCCGGUGGAGGAGUACGCUAGCUCAUCGCCCCUUCCAGGCUCUCCCCUUCAUUCGGCGGCCAUCUCCUCCCAGCAGCAGCAACAGGCGGACUCUUGUGCAAUUUACGAGGAAAUCAAUGAUGAUUUCAUUCCGGUCCAGGAACAGCCACGUGGACCACCACCACCACCACCGCCACGGAGUGAUGUCUACGAUCUGGAUGUGGUGAGCAAUAGCAGCAGCAAAUCGACGAACAAAUCGUCCCCACCCGGUACCUCCGGCAGCUCGGGAGCUGGUUCUCCUCUUUCGGCGAGCAACGCAUCGAUCGGUGCCGGUCCGCCGAAAGGUGUUCCUCCACCGCUACCAUCACGUCGCGGUGGUCCUCCACCCAUACCGAACCGUAGCGGCGGACCACCACCACUGCCAGCGCGCCCAAAUGCUCCCUAAAGCGUCACUGUGGUUCUUCUCAUCCAUCCAUCCCACCAUACUCAUGCUACUCCUGAUGCACAUCAACAAGUAAGAUGCAAGUGAAUUAGUGGAUGCAAAAUAGGGAAAACUGUGCACCAGAGCCACCGAUCGCAAUAGUCAAAGAUGGUUCGCUCUAGAAACAGUAUCCAUCAGCUGCUUUAGCUUCACCGCGCUGCUCGGCAGAAAAUCCAACAAAACAGACUUAUCUGGCCAGCCUCAGCCAACAAGAUGCUUCGACACCGUAGCAACAUUCCAUUAGUCGCUCUUGAAUGCCACUGUGUUAAAGAAAGAGGGCGGCUACUCCAAACUGUUUUCAAACUGUUACGUUCCUAGGCAUUAGUAUAAUUGAAACGAGCCGAAAUGAAAAUGCAAUCAUGACAGAUCCUCUAUUACUUAUGAGACUUGUGUUAAGGCUGGCGGGCUAGCGAGCGAAUUAUCCCUUUGUUCCGGGACGCGGUUAUAUGAUAGGCUUCCGGUGGGUGGGGUUAUCGAUGGUUGUUUAUUUAACUGUUUCACAUUCCGUCGCGUAUGUUAUUUAUUAUAGGUCGCAUUGCGAGGAUUCACCGAAGCUAAGAAAUCAGCUUCAAAUGGUGGCAGCGAGUGAUGAAGCGAAGUCUGAAUGGUCCGAUUGGUUCAUAGUACAUCAAUUAGAAUAAUACAUCUUGUGCACCACCAAUUAGAGACGCCUGCAAAUCCGUAGUAGGUGCUUCAAUAGGGCGCGAGUCAAUCGGAUCGAUCCGACUAUCCGACCAGAAAUUGUGUGUAAUACAUCGUAUAUGCGCUUAUUGCACAGCCUGGGCACUGUGUUUACGUAGAGAGGCGAAGAAAUUGUAUCGAUCAUAUAAAGAUAUGCCUAGUUAUACAUAUACAUAUAUGAGAAGCAAAAAAACAGUUACUAAUCUACUAGCCGGUUGCAAAAUGUUUAAAUAACGUUAGCGUUCGUAGCACCUAGUACGCGCCGCAAUAUUCGGCACACAAGCAAUGGAAUGUUUUAAUCGUUCGGUUCGGUUAAGUGGUGGCAAUAACGUUUGGGUUCGUUAUAUUCCAUCCACCCCGGGGCGGAAGUGGUUGGCUGACGGGACGGCACCCAGUUAUAUCGUGGUAUGAAUGGAUUAGUCGCAUCCAGUGGUGUACGUAUCAUCAUCGUGUUACAGGAUUGAACUAUUAUUAGCAUAAAUCGGAUGAAUAAAGGCGACGGUAAAAUAGCAA